GCGGCGCGGCGCCCUCGUGCUAGGCUCCGCGUCGCAACCAUGGCCGUGCCUUUGCCCAAGGGCGCCGACUUCGGGCGCAACAAGCGCACGCGGCGCACACUGGUGAUGGCCGUGGUAUUCGUGCUGUACCUCGUGCUGGGCGGCAUCGCCUUCCGCUACCUCGAGACGUACCCGAAGACGCUGACUGUGCGGCAACCGCGCGCCGCAUGGCAUGUACUCAGAGAGUACCGGCGAAUCCAGGACAACAGUACAGAGGAGUCGGGGCCCAGCUGGUCCACGCUGAAGACCUCCGCACUCUCCAGCUGCGAGGAGGAGGGCACCCACCGAGUCGAGGUCCUGCUCGAGUCGUAUGGCCUGACAGGCGAGCUGGACACGUUGGACGAGGCUGUCCAGCUGUGCGGCGACGGCGCCUACCAGCUGGCCCAGGAGCAGCGCGACGUCCCCUGGAGCUUCAUCGACUCCGUCUUCUUCUGCAUGACGGUCGUCACAACCAUCGGGUAUGGCCACAUUUCGCCGUCGUCGCCGGGCGGCCAGAUCUUCUGCAUCGUGUACUCGCUGCUCGGUAUCCCGACGAGCGGCCUGCUGCUGGCCGGCCUCUCCGACUUCUUCGCCGGCAACCUGCUCAACUUCUACGACUCCAAAUGGCAGCGGCGAUACGGCGACUCGAGAUGGAGCCUGGCAGCCUUCACCGCCAUCUACCUGCUCGUGGGCUUCCUGCUGUUUGUUUUUGUGCCGGCCAUCGUGUUCUCGUGGCUGGAAGACUGGAACUACCGCGAGGCCGUCUACUACGCCUUCAUCACACUCUCCACCAUCGGCUUCGGAGACUACACAGCAGCGGUCGCCGCCGACGACGCCUGGACGACGGUGUACAAGGUGUUCGUUAUGGUCUGGAUCCUGGUCGGGCUUGGCUACUGGGUGUUGGUGCUCAACUUCCUGCAGAAGACGCUCAAGUCGAAGGAGGUGAUGAAGACGCUGAAGUCGACCUCACGGCUGAUCGCGCGCGAGGCCGAGGAGCUGCGCCACGUCCUCUCGGACGUCGGCCUGAUCCACCGGGACGCUGUCUUCAUCCCGGAGCACUCCAAGACGGCGCUGAACCUGAUGCUCAGCAUGAGCAACACGCUGGCGGGCACGUCCCACGCGGGCAGCCCGGGCGAGCCCCGCCCCGCUGGUGUGCGCGGCAUUCACUCGAUCGGCGACAACCUGCGCAGCCAGAGCUUGCUGGCGGCGCUGAUGGCCUCCAUGCCGCCACCGGCCGUCACCGCCGCCGGCCGCGAGGAGCCCGAGGAGGGCAUGGUGAACCUCGGCUACCUCUCGGACGGCACGCCGGAGCGGGUGGUGGCGCCGGCGACCGACGCGCGCGCGGAGGAGGCACUCGCCGACGCGCGCGUGGAGGAGGUGGCCGUGGACGUAACAGUGCUGGGGGAGGUGGAGAGUGGACAGGAGCGGGUUGAGGUGGAAGCGGCGGGGUUGGAUGUGGCGGGGGCGAAGACGAAGGGGGCGGAGAUGGAGGAGGCGGAGGCGCGGCAGUCCGGCUCUGCCGCAAAUCAAACGUUUGGUGAUGUGAGCGUUGACGCCCAGUUCCUUGGCCACCUGAUCCUGGGUAUCCUGCUGUGCCCGGCCACCUGA